CGUCCUCGUCGUGGUUAUACACAGAACGAACUACGCGGCUAUAAUCCUACGUGCUUGCAGUCAAUCCCCAUCGAUAUACAAAGCCUACAGCAUAUAUCGUCAAUCUUGCGUCGACUUCGAAAUGGACGAGUGGGUAAAGUUGAUUGGAAAUGUUCCGUCGUUGUCCCUCGUCUCACUCGGGACCUUCCACAACAGCAAAUACCACGCCAGCAACGAAUGUUUGGAUUGCCUUAAUGAAAUCAAUGCCAAACUGAACGAUAAAGGUCCACACACCUAUCCACUCCGACGCGCUCUAAUCUUCAUGGACAUUUUCAAUAAGGAUCUGAUCCCUAUUCUGAUCCAUGUCAAUCAGCCAAACAUUAUCCGUUCAACAAUCAAACUGUUGGUUCAGAUGACUUUACCCGUUGGAUGUUUAGUAAGCGGGGAAAGCAUCCAGCAACCAAAUGAGACAUCGAUGUCUAAACACUUUGUCCACGAACUAACCAAUUUCCUUUAUGUCGCCAAGGAAACUUUCGUGUUGAAUCCAUUGGCUACUCGAUCCAUUUUCGAGCAUCUCAACUGUCUACUAGCAAAUGUUCCACAGCAAGCGAUGUCGAAGGACGAUUGCGAAUCGGUCAGUUAUUUCCUAUUGCUCAUUCGCAACAUCGUACACGCCCCAGAAGGUGUUUGUGCUAACCAAUCAGCUUCAGUUGGCGAUAGCGCUACUUAUUUUGCAGCAGCAGCCUCGCCCGGCCAUUGGCAAAAACGGCGCCUUCUGUCCGACCUACUCACCCAAGGCUUGGAUCUACUUCUCAUUGAUUUGCUGACCUGCUCUCAAAAGGACGAAUGGAUCGUGACAAUCGCCCAACUGAUUACACUCAUCUUCAAAGACCACACGCCGGAGAAGAUCCAGAAACUUGUGUCGAGCGAGCAGAUGCCAAGCGAAACUCCGCUUCCAUCUUCUUCAGAUGAUGACACUGACUCAGGCAACUGCUCUCAAACUUCAUCGUGCAAUUCCGCAACGGAGACGGCGAACAAAAUGAAAACUUCCGGCAAAUUUUAUUGGACUCGUAAACCGACGACUACGGAAAUGUUCCGCUCAAAAAAGAAGCAUUUGAUGGCUACCAUGAAGACUGCUGAUAAAGAAGAAAUUCCGGAUUCUCAAUCCGGAUACCAGAGGCGGAAGAAAAUUCUGACCAGCCGGCGCAGUCGGGCAAUAGCCCGCCACAUUCAAACCAAGUCUAAAAUCCCGAAUUACACGCCCUCAGAAGACGAAAUUUCCCAACUUUUAAAGGAAUUUACCGUCAAUUUUCUACCGUAUGGUUACAACGCUCUAGUGAGUCAACUUUAUCAACGUCUGUUGGAACAAGGAGCUCAGCUGCCAAAGUUCGAUAAAUCUUAUUUCCUUUGGCUCAUUUCCUACUUCCUGCCCAUCGCUUCCCAUCUAGAACUGGACAUCUUCAAGCACCUGAAAGACGUCGUUUGCCUUGACAUCAUUUCCUACUUGAUCUGGGAAUCCGCCAGCGAGUCGGAAGAAUUCGAAAUCAACUCGCUCAACUCCGCCGACCUGCAGCCGGGUCUGCGGCGGAUGCAACUCGGCGUGAAAGCCAUCCGCGAAUGCCUUCUGGCGCUGGAAGCGCGUUCUUCCUACGUGGGAAAAGCCGACGGAUCUUAUUGCCAAGAGCAAAUGAAUAUUUUCAAAUUUCGCGCUUCUUUGGCGAAGGCCAACGAUCUCCGCCAACUGCCGUUGCUUCAACUCCGCCAAUUCGAUCCGGCAAUUCAGAAUAAAAAAUACCUGGGCGACGUCAUCACAACUAAUCACGUCCUUUUGAAAACGCUGGAACGGGCAGCCGGGCAGCCGUCGGCGUACAAUUGCAACUUGGAUUUUGGCGGGCAUUUUGAACAAUUUUACUCGAAGGUUAUCCUCAAUCGCUACGGAUUGGCCCUAGAUGAUUUCAGGACCAACGAUCCGUUUGUGAACGAUUGCGUCUUCACGUUGUUGCGUCACGUUGGCGUCUACCGUGGUCGGGCCGACCUGUUGUGCAAUCCGGCCAUUCUGCGUCCGCUCGGCAAGAUAUGGGAAGAGGGAUUCAACAUUUGCCAAGAGUGGAAUGAUUUGAUUGAAUUAAUCGUCAACAAAUUCAUGCGCCAUUAUGAAGCCAACGGCUGCCAGGCCAUGGAAUCGCCGGAACGAGUGGUAACGGCAUCGGAGAAAGCGGAAACUUCUCAUGUUAAACAAGGAAAUAGCAAUCCUACAAAAAUUGAAUCACUCCGGGAUCAGCUCGUCAAAUCCGGAUUCCAGAAACAACUGGAUUGGAUCCAAUCGUGUCUAUUAACCUCAUGUUCGGCCCGUCUGGGCACCUAUGCUGGCCAGGAAUUCCGCCAUGCCAUUAUUUGCCUCAGCUUGAAAAUGAACGUUCCGUGCCCGAUUGUUCCGUGGACGGAACUGGAAGACUCCGCCCUUCGUUCCCAGCAGUUUCUUCAUCUUCUCCACCGCGUCGGACUUUUCCCCGACUCCUACCAGCCUUCUAUCUACCCACGUAUUCCUCGACACUGGUCGGCUGACGUCCUCUACAGCGUCGCUCUCAUCUUCGGGCCGGUCCAUCAGCAGCGAAUCGAUUUCGACUUGUCCCGCGUCCGGCCAAUCAAAUUGAACAUUCCCGAUUCGGCCGUCGAUCUUCAAUCGGAUGGCCAGAUGUUCAAUACCCCCGCCAGCAAUCAGAGCGAUGAACCGGUAACAGGAGAUAGCUCAGUGUCGAGGGCGGACUCGUUGGAAGUCCAGAAACACGACUCGAGCGAAGACGAUGAAAUGGAAUGCUCGGACAGCAGCAGCAGCAGGUUAUUAACGAUCUCGCCGAGGAAUUCAUCUGAACUUCGGGUCCCGCUCGACUGGUCCGUCCACCCGGACAUGAGCAGACAGUUGAGCGGUGAUGGCGAAGCGACUUUUCAGAUGGGAUCGAUUCAAAGUGAAAUAUCGCGUGUGUCCAACAAUAAUAUUCGCCCUUGAGUAAUACAUUGGGUUUGAUCUGGUU